GUAGUGAGUGCAGCUGAUCCACGAUUCAGCUUCCAAGGCUCUAAACCUGUAUUGUGAGCCCGUUCUGUAUUGUGAAAUUCUAUGUGAAAAGCGUACAAUCAAUAACGUAGUUCAACAGUCCAGCCAGCCAUUGCUUGUAUAGUAGUUGACAAGAUUACAAAAUCAAAUCAUUGGAACAAAGAAAACAAUGAAGUUCACCCUUAUCUUGCUGCUAGCAUUGCUGAACCUCGCCCGAGGUCAACAACAGCAGAGUCGCAAUAGUCCACUGUCCCAAUCUUUUAUCGAUGAAAUCAAUGCCAAAGCCAGAACCUGGCGAGCCGGACCAAACUUCGCCCCUGAAACAUCGAUGGCCUAUAUCCGCGGGUUGAUGGGAGUCCAUAAGGAUGCAGACAAGUUUUUGCCUCCAGUAAUGGUACACAAGUUAGACGAUGAUGAUGAUUUGCCCGAUAACUUCGACUCACGUGAGCAGUGGCCGAACUGUCCGACUAUCAGAGAGAUAAGAGAUCAAGGAUCCUGUGGAUCUUGUUGGGCAUUCGGAGCCGUUGAGGCUAUGUCAGAUCGAUACUGUAUUCAUUCGAAUGGUAAGUUACAUUUCCGAGUAUCAGCGGAUGACCUGGUGUCUUGUUGUCAUACAUGCGGUUUUGGUUGCAACGGAGGUUUCCCCGGAGCUGCCUGGAGUUAUUGGGUUCGAAAGGGUUUGGUAAGCGGUGGUACUUAUGGUUCCAAUCAGGGAUGCCGACCGUACGAAAUUGCCCCCUGCGAGCAUCAUGUUAACGGAACCAGACCCCCAUGCGAAGGGGAAGGUGGAAAGACUCCCAAAUGCACGAAGAAGUGCCAGGCCAGUUAUAAUGUUCCGUACGCAAAGGACAAGCAUUACGGUAAAUCGUCCUAUUCGAUCGCACGCCACGAGGGCCAAAUUCAGAAAGAAAUCAUGACUAACGGACCUGUCGAGGGUGCUUUCACUGUGUAUGAGGAUCUGUUGCAGUACAAAGAAGGUGUUUAUCAACAUGUGACAGGAAAAAUGCUUGGCGGUCAUGCGAUUCGUAUUCUGGGUUGGGGCGUAGAAAACGAUACCAAGUAUUGGCUCAUCGCAAACUCGUGGAACAGUGACUGGGGCGAUAAUGGAUACUUCAAGAUUCUGCGCGGCGAAGAUCAUCUAGGCAUUGAAAGUUCAAUUGCCGCUGGUUUGCCAAAGGUUUAAUUUGUAGAAAAAUUUAGAAAUUGCUAUACUAUACUAGUAUAUAGUAACUAUAAUAAUGAAUAUUGGAGGCUUGUUCGUCAAUUUCGCAACCGGUUCUAAUAAAAAGCAACUUUUUUCACUUCCA